AUGCCCUUCUUCCUCUACCUCGACGAUCGGCUGGGAGCCCCGGACAAUGCAUUCCCCCUCAUUACUGAUGAGAAAGAAGACGAUGACGACUUGCACAUGCCGCAGUGGGAUGAUGACAUACGCCUGAAGCCGAGAUGGAAAGAUCACUUCACUCGCGGCAACAUGUCCAGCACGAUUGGGUUGCUGCUCAUGGCCCUCGGCCUUCUCUGCAUCUUUGUCGUCUUGCCCAUACUGUCGUAUGCAGGCAUCAUCUUCCUAGACAAUGGCGAGACCCCGCUAGACCAAUUUCCAUACUAUGCGCCGGCGCAGCCCUGGUCAUUCAUCAACAACAAGCACCACCCGCUGCUCCAGAACGUUCGCACUGGUCUUAUUGACCCCGACACUCCGCAAGAUGCGAUGACCAAAACUGGCAUCAAUGGCGAAACAUUCAAUCUCGUCUUCAGUGACGAGUUCAACGUGAAGAAUCGCACGUUCUACCCGGGUGACGAUGCGUACUGGACGGGAUUCAACGGCUGGUAUGGGGCGACACAGGACUUGGAGUGGUAUGAUCCCGAUGCGCUGAACACAGGCGACGGGAUGCUUCUCAUCCAGAUGGACAAGUUUCCCAAUCAUAAUCUCGACUUUCGGUCAGGUAUGAUGAACUCCUGGAAUCAAGUCUGCAUGAAGGGCGGGAUCUUGGAGGUCUCCGUGUCUCUGCCCGGUCCUGCGGGUGUCCAUGGCCUGUGGCCUGGCAUGUGGACCAUGGGCAAUCUCGGCCGGCCGGGAUAUCUGGCCACCACGGACGGCCUGUGGCCGUAUACAUACAACGAGUGUGAUGCUGGUAUCACACCCAACCAGUCUAGCACCGACGGCAUCAGCGAGCUGCCAGGCCAGCGUCUGCCCUCUUGCACGUGCCUAGGCGAGGAUCAUCCAACUCCAGGAGUUGGGCGAGGGGCGCCGGAGAUCGACAUUGCCGAAGUCUCCGCCUCCUGGGGCACCACCCAGGUCGGUGUCGCGACGCAGUCCUAUCAGGUGGCGCCGUUUGACAUCUGGUACUACCCCGACUACCGCUUCAUGCAGAAUCCCGACUACAACCUGUCGCUCGUCAACUCAUGGACCGGCGGGCCGUUCCAGCAAGCAGUCAGCACAACGAGCAUGCUGAACAACAACUGGUACGACCAAAAAGAGUUCCAAACCUUCCAGUUCGAGUACGCUCCCGGGAUAGACGAGAACGCAUACGUGGCAUGGAGCAUCGGCGGCGAGGAAAUGAUGAAGUUCGACGCCCGUGCCGUCGGGCCCAACGGCAACAUCGGGCAGCGCAUAAUAUCGGAGGAGCCGAUGAGCAUCAUCCUCAAUCUCGGCAUCUCCAACAACUGGGUCUCGAUCGACUGGGCGGCCCUCGAGUUCCCCACGGUCAUGAGCAUCGACUACGUGCGCUGGUACCAGCUCGAGUCAGAGUAUAGCGUGACGUGCGACCCGCCGGGGUACGAGACGACGGAGUACAUUGCGCAGCAUCCGAAGGCGUACCUGAAUGUCAACAAUACCAAGUGGGAGCAUACUGGGUAUCCGUGGCCGAAGAACUCGUUCAUGGAUGGUUGUUCGACCUGA